CAGUUUUCUGACCAAUCACUGACCUCCCCUCAAGUCUCGUUAAGAGCUCUUCUCUGUUAUCGCGUGAUCUUCGCUGAGGCCCACCGCUAUUUAUAAUCGUAAACACAUAUCCAUGAUGAGUUAUUCAGAAAAGCCUGAGGAUAUUACAAAGGAGGAAUGGUUGGAUAAACUGAAUAAUGUGCACAUUCAGAGGGCGGAUAUGAACAGGCUUAUCAUGAACUAUCUAGUAACAGAGGGAUUUAAAGAAGCUGCAGAGAAGUUCCGUAUGGAAUCCGGGAUUGAACCGAACGUGGAUCUGGACUCUCUUGAUGAGAGAAUAAAGAUCAGGGAAAUGGUUCUGAAAGGUCAGAUCCAAGAAGCCAUUGCUCUCAUUAACAGCCUCCACCCCGAGCUGCUUGACACCAAUCGAUACCUCUACUUUCACCUUCAGCAGCAGCAUCUGAUUGAGCUCAUCCGUUUGCGGGAGACUGAGGCAGCGCUGGAGUUUGCGCAGUCGCAGCUGGCCGAACAGGGAGAGGAGAGCAGAGAAUGUCUUACUGAGAUGGAGCGGACACUGGCACUGCUCGCCUUUGACAACCCUGAAGAAUCGCCGUUUGGAGACCUGCUCAACAUGAUGCAGAGGCAGAAGGUGUGGAGCGAGGUAAACCAGGCUGUUCUAGACUAUGAGAACAGGGAAUCUACUCCAAAAUUAGCAAAGCUGCUGAAACUUUUACUGUGGGCUCAAAACGAACUGGACCAGAAAAAAGUGAAAUACUCCAGAAUGACAGACCUUAGCAAGGGAACCAUUGAGGACCCUAAGUAGAGACUGUAAUUCACAUGGACAUUUUUUUGUUCUAUUUAUGAACGGUCAGUGACUGGAUGGCAAAUAUAAAUCUCUCUCUAUAUAUAAUGCUUUUUUCCUUGAUUCCUCUAUAAAAAAGUAAUUUAAGCAACAGUAUAUGAUUUUAUUUCAAACAAAACUAUACUGAUUAAUAACAGUAAAACUAGAUGUUAUUUCAAUCUACCAUUUACUAUACUGGUAGCCUAUUUUCUGAAGAACAGGAAUAUUCCUAUGGUAAUGUUGUUUGGUAUUAUUUUUCAGCAUUUUCAGUCUGUCAUGUCAUCUGUGUUUUGUGUCUUUUAUUAUUUUCCCCCCAUGCUCUUCACUCUUACACAUACAAUACUGUGUCCUCAGGCUGGUUUUAGGUUGUGUUUUUUGAGGAAAAUAUCAGCUCCUGGUUGGAAAGAAAGCAUCAUCAGAUUUAUUGCACUGGAAACUGGUGUAAUUUAACUACUUUUAUCAUGAAUCCAAUAACUUCAUUUAUUAUUUAAUUUAUGAGCUACAGAUGGUUGUAAAGAUGAGUAAGUAAAUGUUUUAGACUUCCAUGAUAUAAGCUACUUUAAUUACAAAACAACAAAUGAUGUCAUUACUAACCUAAA